UAUUCAUUAAAAAAUGAUUAAAAAAUUGUAAAAGAAAUAUAAGAAAGUCAACUUUUAGUUUAUAAUCUUGUCUAUGGUUUAUAAUAAUACGUUAAAAAGCUGCUAGUUGAUACGUUUAAUUAAAAUGCUAAUAAUAAGUUUUGUAAAUUGUAUAUCUCGCAGUUACAGAAUGUUUAAUGUAUAAACCUAUUUUUUUGUCUAUUUGUAACAUAACCAUAAAUGCCUAAAGAUGUACAUUGCUAGAUUCCAUGCUAUCAACGACGAAGAAAAUUGUAAUUGAAAGAAACAACGAAUUGCGUUGGUAAAAGUGCCUUAUUCACUAUGAACCAAAUAGUAAAGUGAUAAAAUUAUUAACUUUUAUUAUUUUCAACGCAAAAAAUGGAAGAGAGGCGCGUCGCUGAUUAUUUUGUUAUUGCCGGAUUACCACAAAAUCCAGACCCUAUUGAUGAAAAUACUCUUUCUGAUGCUGGAAAUUUAAAACCGGGUCAUAAUCAGGCUCCAAUAACUGAUAUUAGUGUUGUGUUUCCUACUUUGGGUGAAGUUGCACCACCUGACUAUGAAGUGAUAUCUCGAACUCCUACAGGGCUAAGUGCUGACUUAAACCACGGCAGUCUAAGGAGUGUGGAAUGCUAUGUUUGCUUCAGAAGAGGACGAGACAAACCUCCUUUAGUAGACAUAGGUAUAAUGUAUGAAGGAAAAGAAUAUCUCAUGGCAGAUGCAGAAGUGGUCAAACAAAGUGUAGGAGGUCGUGUAGCAAAUGUAAAUAAUUCAACGGCUAUAACUUAUAUUACCUACAGAAGAGGCUCUGAAACACUACCCUGUAAUGCAUUAGUUGUAAUGGAUAUAUGUGUUGUGAUAGCAAGCAGAGGAGAAUCACCACCUCAUGCAUUCUGCUGCAUUAAUAAAAAUCUCAAUAAAGGCAUUGUAGGUAGUGAUGUGUUCUUGUGUUAUAAGAAAUCAAUGAAUCGAGCCAAACUACUCACAUAUAAUCCAGCUGUUUUGUGCAGAUAUCCUAUGAGAGAUUUGCCACACUUUGUAUUUCCUAGUACCGUCCCUUUAUUUUGCCUUCCUAUGGGUGCUACAUUAGAGCUAUGGCCCAAAAAAGCGAUGAAACCAAAGCCGGUUUUUAGCACCUUUAUAUUGACCGUUUCCGAUGCUAAGCACAAGGUAUAUGGUUCAGCAAUAACUUUUUAUGAAGAAUAUCCAAUGGACCAAUUGACUAGUACACAAAAAGAACUUCUGGACUAUUCCGAUGACUCAGAUAACCAAUUGCACGUGAACAAAAGUAUAUGUGUAUUGUCGCAUUGGCCUUUUGCAGACGCAUUCGAAAAAUGGCUCAUAUAUUUAUAUAACAUUGCGAUAAGUGGAAGACCGCAGGAUAUUCCUAUAGAACGGUACGUGGUGCAACUUUUCGACGAAGUGCCCUUUCCAGCACCCCGCACUUUAUUGCAGUUAUCCAUGGACAGUUUGGAUCGUGUUAUAAUGACUCAGCCUGAAGAUUUGCCUCUUCCUCACAGUGCAGCGAGUUUCAGACAAUUGUUAAUUAACUUAGGCCCCGAAAAUAGUCUUAUGGUUUUGCUUUUGGCGCUUACAGAACAAAAAAUCUUAAUACAUUCACUCCGACCGGAUAUAUUAACAGCUGUCGCCGAAGCUGUAUCUGCAUUUCUGUUUCCGUUUAAGUGGCAAUGUCCUUACAUUCCUUUGUGUCCUCUUGGUCUGGUUGAAAUUCUUAAUGCACCAUUACCUUUUUUGAUUGGCGUGGAUUCCAGAUUUUUCGAUUUAUAUGAUCCACCACCCGAUGUUAAUUGUGUCGAUUUGGACACUAAUAUUAUAACGGUAUCUGAAGCGCAAAGGCAAAUUCUCAAUAUAAAAUUGCUACCAAAACGUCCAGCCAAGAUUCUCAAAGUAGCUUUAGAGCGAUUGUUUGAUCAAUUGAAGAAAAUACCUUCCAAUCCUACUAUACCUAUUCACUUAGAAGCAGAAUUUCAGAGGAGGAAAAAGGAGCAAGCUCAAGAACUUGAAGUACAAGAAGCUUUUCUGAAGUUUAUGGCAUUGACUUUGAAAGGUUAUCGAUCAUAUCUUUUGCCGAUAACUAAAGCUCCUACUGUGGGCACGACCGAUCCUCAAGCCCUUUUUCAACUAAAUGAGUUUUUGAAAUCUCGCGACAAGGCUCAUCAGAAGUUCUUUUCCCUCUUAAUGAGGACUCAGAUGUUCAUUCGAUUUAUCGAAGAGCGCAGUUUUGUUACUGAUGGAGACCAAGGUAUGGCUUUCUUCGAUGAGUGCACUGAAAGAUUGAGUCACGAUGAAAGCGGAGAAGGCAGAUUAAUCGAACCUGAUUUAGUACAUAACAGUGAGAGGACGGUGUUUUUGCUACCUCCCGAACAUCCACCAGAAGGUGGUCCUUACAAUUACCCAAACUUUACAUUAGAUCCUACUUUAUUGAAAAGCAAAAGGCACCAUCAUAUGUCUGUUUUGCACCCGACACCAAUACCUGGUUCCCCAAUGGCAAGGAGAACCAAACAUGAAAUAAAAUCUGCGCAAAAAUUGGCCAGAAAAUGUGUACGCGCUCCUGAUCUAUGGGCGCGAUGUCUUCUUGGUACAUGUCACACCUUAUAUUUUAUGACACUUCCAAGUAUGUUAUCGCUGAAUGUAGGAAAAGAGAGGCAAAUCUUACAACAAGCUUAUGAUCUGUUGGUGAAAGCCACGCAACUGCGUUUGAAUUGUGACGAGGUCUGCUACAGACUGAUGAUGCAACUUUGCGGAGAACACUCAAGACCAUUACUGGCCGUCAAACUUCUCCUGUUGAUGAAAAAGAGUGGGAUACAACCAAAUGCACUUACUUAUGGGUUGUAUAAUAGAUGCGUCUUAGAGGCCGAAUGGCCAGCACAUUCAACUUCCAGUCAACUAUUGUGGAAUAAACUCAGGAAUGUUGUGAUUGGUGCGGCUCAUUUUAGGCGGGCCGCUAAACGUCAUGCUGCUAGGAAGCUAUCUGCUUCUACGGAAGGAGGAUCUAGUCUUCUAGACACUACAGAGCGUUCUUCUCAGCUGUCUUUAGAUUCGCAUGAGGCCGUUCAAACGGAGGCAAGUUUGUUCGACAGAUUGCGUACGCAUGUCGCAAACAUAGUUAGAGGCGUAGAAAACACUACAGCUGAAAAAACUGGCAAUAAUGCGCCAUUAGAAAUAACAAAUGAAAUCGAGGAAGACGUUGUAACGAAUGGGUUAGAAACUGUUGCUUCGGAAGAGGAUUUAAAAUCAGCCUCUUUACCCAUACCAAGCAGUCCCAGUGAAUAUAUGAGGUUAUUGUCUAGAUCUGAAAGUGCCAAUGAUGCGAACAUUCUUGACAAAUUACAACAAAACAAUAAAAAAAGUUGCUCAAGAAACCUUCAAUUUGACGGAAACGAUGACGAACAGGACCAAGACGACGAUCCUAAUAAGUUGUCACCGUCGAAGUUGUCCACUAGAACACCGGUUACCGAAAAUGAUCCCCUUGGAGCUCUAGAGCAGCCUGAAGUUGAAAUAGUUGUUUCUGGAGCGACCUCUGAAAUUCAAAACGACCAAUUAGCAAUUGAUAAUACUCGGCCACCGUUGGCUAGUGAUGAACCAAUCUUAUUUCGUUCGUCCGUUCAUAGAUCUGCUACUUUCGAAGGUAGUCCACCAACGUCUAACAAGCUUCACAGGUCCGAAACUGUACCCGCGUCCUCCUUAACGUCCAGCUUAGCGGGAUUUGGAUCCACCCUCAAAAUCGGAUUCAGCCGCUACUCACCUGCACGGUUGUCUCUGCGCAAGUCUGAUCUGAAGGUGCCCCAGCAAUUAAUCGAGAGUGCCAUCAAUAAUCUCAGUCCCAGUAGUUUAACUGGUAAAAAAUCAAAUGAGCUAAUUCAAGGUGGCAUAAGUAGCAUGAAAUCGGCAGCGGCAUCUAUGGUGAAGAAAUUAGACGAAAUCAAAGAGGCAAUUUCCACUUCCACUAAUUCGACUCCAGUUAAAGCACAAGUAGGUGAUAGAGGAGGUGGAGGUGAAUUGGGAAAUGAUGGUGUUGAAGAAAUAGGUUCUACAGAUGGAAGUGACCCUGGUGAAAGGCAUCGCAGAAUUUCUGGAGAAUUAGGAAGUUAUAAAGGCAGUAACGCUAAUUUAAGAGAUUCAGAGGAAAACAUACCUGAAUGUUUAUAUCCACCUCCGAGUGAAGAAAUAGUGUCAGAUUGCGAACUGGAGAUUACUCUUAGUUCGUGCUCGCAGUGUCACAAUUGUCUAUCCCUUCUUUACGAUGAAGAUAUAAUGGCUAAUUGGUCGGCCGAAGAUUCUAAUUUAAAUACUAUUUGUACCGCAUGUUCCAAACCAACGGUUCCUCUAUUAACUAUUAAUAUAAACCGUCCAACAAACGGGGAAAAAGACAACCCAUUUUGUGUGCCCUACCUCAAUCCCGUUGUUCUGCGUAAAGAAUUGGAAAACGUCCUUGCAGAGGAAGGCGAUCUUAGUCUUGCUCGUGAUAAAUUCGUUGAACAGCAUCCCAUAAUUUAUUGGAACCUUGUAUGGGACUUUGAAAGAAUAAAUGUUCAAACGCACCUGCCAAAUCUAUGCCUGAAGAACAGGGCACGAAAUCAGGAAAUACAGAAAGGGACCGAAACGAACAACAACGGUCAAGAUUCCAAAGAAGAUAAUGGUAUGAUCAUGCGCAGGGUAGAAGAUGGUGCUGACCCUUUAACUCAAGAAUUGGCGAGUAUAGAGCAUCUCACCGCGCAAGUAUCUGUGCGCUGUAUAUGGGAUGAUCCCAGGUUGCAUGGUGAGAAUAUUCCCAUGUAUAUAUUGUGGGCAAGACGAGACACUGCUAGCCCUUUGGUUAGUGCUCUUACAGAUACUUCUACCAUAAGCAGAACUGUUAUGCAAACAAUAAUAAGCAACGUCCAUUGCAAUGAUUUGCUGGAACCGCUGAAGCGUCUUGCAUCUGAACGACAACGAUUACAGAAGGCGCGUAGCGGCCCUGCGGAUCGAACUCAUUCGAUCUAUCGCGAUAUUUUGUUCCUUGUGUGCAAAGUAGUCGGCAGAUCAAACGUCGAUCUUAACGCUUUUGAUCGUGAAUAUUUAAUAGCUUACGGACGUCUACCAGAACGUACGUCGAAACUUUACAAACCUCAAGACAGACCUUUGAGUGUUGGGGCUGCAUAUUGUCGACAAUACUUCCGACCAUUAAAUUUAUUGUAAAAAUCUCUAAGAGAAUUAAAAUAUGUGUGAGGAAAAGUAAGGUUUUUCAUUGUUGCGGAUACGUUUUGAAAUGGUUUCGUAUAUCCAAUAAUGAAAGAUGAAACAUAUUAUUCAUAUAUUCAAACAAUCCGUCUGCUAAACAUGUAGUGAUUGUCUACUUUUUUUGUUAGUAUUUCGAAACCUCAAAGGACUGUAUGCAAUUUAUUGAUAGAUGUAGAUCGGUUGUUUUUGGUUGUAAAAGAUGAAAAAUUACGAAGUUUAAGAAAUGCCUACGAAAGUGAUGAAAGGUUAAAAAUGUUUAAUUUUGCUUGGUUCUUUUUGUUUCAUUAUAUCUUAACUGGUUGGUUUAUUUAAAGGGAUAAGACAUUUAUGCUUUAUUCGUACCCAACUUUUCUGGUUUUUGGUUUUUAAAAAGGGUUGUAAAUAAAAGAACUAGGCAAACUUAUUUAUAAUUAAAAGUUUAUUUAUUAAUGUGAAUUAUAAGUAAUUACUCAGAUAAUUUUAAUAUUCUCGAUUGAUUUGAUUUGAUUUGGAAUUUGUAUUCAAUUUAAUACAUUACUUCUUUUCCAUUUCUUGUUUUAAUUUACAUUUUGUUGUAAGGAGUAUUCUCGUAUAGGCUUUAUAACCGUUGAUGAAGGAGAAUUAUUUUCUUUAACAUUAGUUUUAGUUUUCCUACUAAGAGAGUAAAUUCCAUAUUUAUAAAGAAUACAUUUAAUUAUUAUAGAAGUUAUUUAAUAAAGAUCACCAGAAAUAGAAUAAAAAUGAAUAAUUUGUAGAAAAUAAACGUUAUGUAAAACGUGUCACAUUAUUUUAACGUAUCCAUUAAAAUGAUUGAUAAUAGUGUUUGAAUAAUGUAAGCGUUAUUCACAUUAUAAAGUCUAUAUGACAUUGCCUCGUAUUUGUAAACCCGUUUAUGUGUAUUAUUUGUUAUAGUACAUGCAAAAAAUAUAAAAUACAUUAUUACAUUCGUUCGGCUGUGACCCUUUUCUGUUUUUAUUAGUAUCCGAAUUCUGUUUCUCUGCUUUUGUACAUAUACAGUUUCCUUGAACAUUGUCGGAUUUACGAUGUCUUCAUCUUCAUUGGUUUAGGUUGCUCUAACUUCUGAAAGUGAUACCAUUUUUAUUCUUUUGUCUAACGUAAGUUUCAAUUAAUUAAAUUGCUCAUUUACUUAUAAUAUGCAAGUUUAUUUUUUUGUGUUGCAUUAUAUUGUAUAAAUUCACUUUUGGUAUUUAUGUGUAUUGUUUAAUUAUUGUUAACUUUACGGUUAGUGAAACCAUUAAUAAAGUGAUUGUAUAUUUUACUUAA